CCAACGCACAGCGACGCGCAGCCCGCGUCCCAACCGAAAAAAAAAUCCCCAAUUCCCCACCCUCCCCAUCCCGUCGGUCGUCGGAGAGUGACAGAGAGAUGGCGUCAGAGACGGAGAUGCAGCCGCUCGCGCCGGCGGGAUACCGUCAUGCGCCGGAGAUGAAGGAGAAGGUGGAGGCGUCCACGGUGGACCUGGAGGCGGGCACCGGGGAGAUGCUGUACCCUGGGAUCUCGCGCGGCGAGAACGCCCUUCGCUGGGGCUUCGUCCGCAAGGUCUACGGCAUCCUCGCCGCCCAGCUACUCCUCACAACCGCCGUCUCCGCCGUCACCGUCCUCCACCCCACCCUCAACGCCACGCUCUCUUCCUCCCCAGGGCUCGCGCUCGCCCUGGCCGUUCUACCAUUCAUCCUGAUGAUCCCGCUGUACCAUUAUCAGCACAAACACCCGCACAAUUUCGUUUUCCUGGGUUUGUUCACUUUGUGCUUGAGCUUCAGCAUUGGUGUGGCUUGUGCUAACACUCAAGGAAGAAUUGUGCUUGAGGCAUUAAUAUUGACAGCUGGCGUGGUUGCUUCUUUGACUGCAUAUGCUUUCUGGGCUUCAAAGAAGGGCAAAGAAUUCGGAUAUCUUGGGCCUAUUCUGUUUUCUGGUCUUACUGUCCUUGUCUUAACAAGCUUUAUCCAGAUUUUCUUUCCAUUGGGACCUGCAUCGGUAGCUUUGUUCGGCGGGCUUGGAGCUUUGGUCUUCUCAGGCUUCAUUCUAUAUGACACCGAGAGCUUGAUAAGGCGCCACACCUACGAUGAGUACAUCUGGGCGUCCGUUGGGCUUUACCUUGACAUUCUCAACCUGUUCCUUACAAUCCUAAACAUGCUCAGGAGCAUGCAAUCUGAUAACUAGUGGUCCAUCUGCAUCAGCCAGACAUUGUAUCAACUUGGUCAAGGUUUCACCUUUAUGGUUGCUUGUUGAGCUGUAAUCUAAAAACCUCUGUGAAAACCUUGUAAUGUACUCUAGCGUCAGAGGAGGAGAUUAAAAUACGGGCAUAUGUAUAGGCGUAGUGUUAGUCUGUCAAGUUAUAUAUUUGAGCAGUCUGUUAUCCAGAGAUCGUGCCAUACUGCUAAUAAUUGUCAACCUUGCGUCGUUUGUGCGUGUUAUUUGUAUCCAUCUUCUAUAGUCA